CGGCGAUGUAACCAGCGCUUUCCCCGCAAGCCUUAAUCCAUACAUGGGAUCGCUUGAUGAUCAAGCUACUCGCGCUGAUGGUCAGAAUCGGAGUUGACGCGCCUGGCGCUGCAAAGGCGGAAUGCGAUGCUGGUAAACAGGGUGGAGAGCAAUCGCAAAGGAAGGCAAAAGAUCGGGUCUUACUUGCAGUUGUGGGUAGCGCGCUGGCGUCUAGCGCAGCUGGUGCCUGUAACGAGCGCGUUAUGUAUCACUGCGACGAUGGUCUUCGUAGUUCUGCCGAGGGCCAUCAUCGCGAUUGCUGGUGUACCCGCUAUGGCACGUUCGGCGUUCAAUGUCGCUGAGUUCGG